AGCUCGCCAGGUGCUGGACCUUCUCGACCGACUCGAUCAUUCGGAGAAGUUGAAGAGACGUAUCACAUCCACGACAGCCUUGUCGAGGUGGUCCGGGCCAUCCGGGGCGCCAAGCGGAUUGUCGUUGUUAGCGGCGCUGGUGUGUCCACAGCUGCGAGGAUACCUGACUUCCGGUCCGCAGAGGCGCUCCCGGCUGCUGGGAAGAAGAAGGAGCCGUCUGUCAGGGAUCUCUUCCAUGUCAAGUCACUAUCGGAGGAUGACCUUCUCCCAGCCCACCACAAACUGCUCAACUCGCUCUAUGACCUCUCGGAUGAGGCCAGCCCUACACCCUACCACUCCUUUCUAUCCAGUCUCGACCGUAGCGGUCAGCUACUUCGGUGCUACACCCAGAACAUCGACGGGCUGGAAGAGAAGGCGGGACUGGAAGUCGGACUCCCGCGGCCGCUGGACCGGAGUUCAUACAAGCGCAAACGCACACCAGCACGCGGAGUCCUGCCUAGAAACUUAUCACUCCCUUCGACGCCUCAAUCGCAAUCCCUCUCAUCCUCCUCAACCCCCUAUCCCCGCGUCAUUCCCCUACACGGUCUGCUCGCAACCGUUAAAUGCACCUUCUGCCCCUACACCGCCCCCUUCUCCCAGGUCUACCCUCUCCCAUCAUACCACCUCUCCUGCCCCGCAUGCUCUCAUCACUCGAAUCAGCGCUCCGCCCUCUCGCAGCGCAAACGAUCCGAGGGCAUCCUCCGUCCCGACGUUGUCCUAUACGGAGAGGAACACCCGCAGGGGCACCUCAUCGGCAAGGUCGUCGAGCGGGAUCUGAAGGGACUGGGCGGGAAGGAUGAAAAGGAAGGCAAGGUGGAUAUGUUGAUUGUGGCGGGGACGAGUCUGAGCAUACCGGGCGUGAAGCGGAUGGUCAAGGAGAUGUCGAGGGUAUUGGGGGAAAGAUCAGGACUCAGGAGGGUCUUCAUCAAUGAUGAUGCGCCGGCGCAUCCGAAGGAGUGGGAAGGGAUGUUCAACGUCUGGGUCAAGGGGGAUAUCCAACACUUUGUGACCGACUACCUCGCCAAUCCCGCUUUCGGGUCGGAACCGCCCACGCCGCCAAAGACACCUCGGAAACGCUCGACCAAGGUAUCGGAUACACCUGCCCCAACUCCCUCCGCCCCUUCCACGCCACCACUUCCAUCCUCAUACCACACGCCUCGGCCG